AUGGCUAUCGAUAUGCCGCAGCAGCAAUGGCUGGCUAACUCGACGACAUCGCCCAAGACGCGAAAUGCAAAGAAGCCAUGGAGGAAGACUCCUCUGAUAGAAUCGACCAGACUCUCGGAAAAAGCAGGCUGCAACGUGAUGGUAAGCCGCAGAAGCAGAAUCUACCUGAAGCUCGACAACCUCCAGCCUUCGGGCUCGUUCAAGUCUCGCGGACUCGGUAACCUCGUCGUCAAGUCCUACAACAACGCCCGCGACCCUCACAAAUUGCACUACUUCGCCGCUUCAGGCGGAAAUGCCGGACUGGGAUGUGUCUAUGCCGCGAACUUCGUCAAGCGACCAGCCACCGUUGUGGUCCCUCUGAGCACCAAGCAACACAUGAUCGAGAAGCUGUACGCCGCUGGCGCCAAAGCUGUCAUGCAACACGGCGCCAACAUUGCCGAAGCCACGGCAUAUGUCAAUGACGUCCUGAUGCCCUUGUCUCGGGAGCAAGGCGAAGAGCCAUUCUAUGUGGAUCCAUUCAACCACCCCGAUAUCUGGGAAGGCCACGAGAGCAUCGUCGACGAAAUGCGCGAACAGUUCGAGGAGAUGGGUGAAGACGCUGCCCCAGAUUGGAUCAUCUGCAGCUGUGGUGGAGGCGGGUUGUUCAAUGGAGUCAUGGCCGGUAUUGAACGACAAGGCCGCGAGUGGGAGAAGACUGGAGUCAUUGCUGUAGAGACCGAAGGUGCAGACUCUCUCAACAAGGCACUGGAAUGGAACGAACAUAAAGCCAUUUCACACAUCACAUCGAUAGCAACUUCGCUCGGCUGUGUCAAGAUCUCGGAGCGGACAUGGGAUAUUGUACGCCCUGCAUUGAAGAGCGGCAAAGCCCGAAACAUUGUCCUGAGUGACGCUGAAGCAGCCAUGGGCAGCUGGAAACUCGCAGAAGAGGAACGCAUCAUCGUCGAAGCAGCAUGCGGAGUCAAUAUCGCGCUCUGCUAUGGUGAACGCCUAGAAAAGGCACUCGGACGACCUCCACGACCAGACGAAAGCUUCGUCAUCGUCGUCUGCGGCGGCUCCAACGUCUCCACCGACAUGAUCGAAGAGUACAAACGUACAUACCGCCACCUCGUCGAGCCCAGCCUUCCCAGCACCCCUACCGAACGCUCCCCGAGCCCCAUCAACAUGAACACGCACCACCCCAUCGAGCACGUCAAGAAGGACAGUGUGCAAGACAUUGACUUUAUCUUGUCCUCCUCCUCUUCCUCCAAUAAUAGCAACAACCACAACGACGACGAAAGCAGCAAUGCCACCACCACCACCACCACUGCGAGAUACGUCCCAUCGACAAAAGAAUUUUCCGGCCGCGCUUUAAUUGGAGAUGGAUAUACAGGUCAUGCUUUGCCCGAAGCUGCCGUGCAGGCUCUCAAGUCAUCUUCAGCGUCAUCGGUGGAGAAACGGCCUAAGAAUGUCAUCAUCUGCUGA